CUCAUAUGGGAGUCCAUGAGAUACUCUGCUUCCCUGUAACAUUUGGCUGUACGGACGCAGCAAUCAAUGCACCUAGCUCCUCCACGGGGUUCUGGAAAGAGCAAAAUGGCCAGAUUGCUGAGCGUAUUCAAUCCAUUGACAUGGAGACAACGCUUGGAUCUGGACGCGCAAAGCUUCCUUAUUAUGCUAAAAGGCGCUUUGCCACCAACUAUUGUCAUUGCCAUUUACCAGAGUAGUGCUAUAGCGGACAUUACCUCCACGAUUGGCUACCUGUCAGCCCUGAUAUCGGUACUGUCACAGGCACUCACGCCUCGAGCAAAGUUUAUGCGGAUCAUCUUCUUUGAUCUUCUAUCGACAUGUGUAUCUGCUUCUCUCUGCUGCCUAGCGGUCUUCUGUGCCGUAUGGGCGAGAGAGCACAAUAUUCCUGCGGACGCUAGUGAGAGCGUCAGAGACGGCUUUAGUAGUGAUGCCUGUGCCGUAUCCGCUGUAUGGCUGAUCUUCAUGAUCUGGAUUGCUAAUACCAUCCGUGCCUGGCGUCCGAUGGAGCUGCAGGAUCCGAUGGUUGCCUUUUCCAUUUUCCCCUGCGUUACUAUUACCCGCGGGGGCACCUUCACCACACUAUCAGAGGGUCUAUCGUUCAUAUCUAGAUUGUUGAAGGGGUUUAUGCUGGGAUUCGCAAUCGCCACCGGAGUCUCUCUUCUCAUACUACCAAUCACUAGCCGGGGCCAUGUCUUCGACGAUAUCAAGGCCUACGUCGCGCAGAUCGACACCGUACUCCAAUCCCAGAUCGGCUUCGUGAAGGGCACGUCGGAGGUGUGGACUGGAAGUCCGGGGCUUCUGGAAAGGAGUCGCACGGCUCGGAGUAUGCGAGAUAUGGGAAACAACCCCAGCUCAGAUCUUGAGUCGAAACAGAAACGCCUGACGGCUUCGAUCACCAAGUUGAACGCACUACAUGGAAAACUACAAUCAGACUUGCUUUAUUCGACAGACGAAAUUGCUUGGGGCAAACUCUCAGCAGAUGACCUGACUAGAGUUGGGAAUUUGCUGCGAAGCAUCUUGUUACCACUUUCUGGAAUGGCAAUGCUCCCUGAAGUGUUGGAUAUGAUUGUCAAGAACGAAGGGACACGCCACAAUAAUCUCGGAUCACGAGAUAAUGACGAGGAAGAAUCUGUGAAACAAUCCGAGUUGCAAAAGUUUGCCCAAACGCUUCACGACCGCCUCGCGGAGUCUUCCCAGUUGGUGACCGUUGGAUUACAUUAUGUUUUACUGGCCUUUGAGCUUGUCAAGCGAAAAACACUGGAAAAACAGUAUCUAGGCCACAGCGACGAAGAGGCGGCAGGCGAGCUGCUCACUCCAUUACAGCCGAAUUUCGCGCUGCAGUUUGAGAGGGAAAUGAGGAAAUACUUUUCCCAUCGCAAGGACCUGACAAAAAGUCUAGCAUCGCUUGAGGCUUUUUCUGUCUCAGAGAAGUCGAAUGAUCCUACCUCUCAAACUGACACGAGAGCGGUCACCACUGACCCUGAUGCCAAACAAGAAUUUUUUCUAAUCCUGUACAUGGGCCACUUGCAAGAUACCCUACUGAUGGCGACGCUCGACUUAAUCCAAUUUGCAGAUGGCAAAAUUGAGGAUGGGACCAUGAAGCGCAGCAAAUUGAUUCUCCCGAAACUCAACACCAUCAGACGAUGGCUCUCUCUCGAUUCUACGAAGGACUCUAAGACUGCUCCGGACCGCAGACAAUCCUCACACGUCGAUCCUUCUGUCUUUGCACAAACUGAGGCGAACAACUUCCCAGACCCUGAACACCUGCCCCCUGCGAACUGGUUCGAGAAAGGCAGCUUGGCGCUUCGCUACUUGUCGCACUUCAUCAGAUCCGAGCAAAGCGUCUUUGGCUUCCGCGUUGCGGCAGCUGCUUUUAGCGUCGGUAUUCUGGCGUUCCUCCGUCAAACCCAGGAGUUCUUCAUCCACCAGAGAUGCAUCUGGGCUAUGAUUGUCAUUGUGAUCGGAAUGAACCCAACAAGUGGACAGACAAUGUUUGGCUUUGUCGCGCGUAUUGUCGCGACCGCCGUCUCGUUGGUCUUGAGCCUGAUUGUCUGGUAUAUUGUGGAUGGGAGAACUCCCGGUGUCAUUGUGUUUCUCUAUCUCGCGAAUGUCUUUGAGUACUACUUUUAUGUGAAAGUCUCUCAAUACUUUGGAGCAUCUGUCAUUGCCAUUGUCACUUUAAAUGUCAUUGUCCGGAAAUUAGGUGUCGAGGUUGCUACAUCCAAUGGCCAACCCUACUAUCCCAUCUAUCUUUUCGGACCUUACAAACUCGCUGCCGUAGCCGCCGGCUGCGCCAUCUCCUUUUUCUGGGUGGUCUUUCCCUACCCGAUUACCGCCAAAUCGACACUCCGGAAAUCCAUCGGACGAGGUCUCUUCGUUCUGGCUAAGUUCUACAGCUGCAUGCACACAACCAUCGAGCUCUGGCUCACCGGCGAACUUGGCGUGGCUGAAGACGUCAGCUCCGCAUCCUACACCCUUGAACGCUCACGCCACAAAGUCUUCAAAGAGGAAAUGAUCCUGCUCAACAGCCUCCGUAUGCACAGCCACUUUAGCACGUUUGAGCCUCCUAUCGGGGGCAAAUUUCCCAAGUCAACCUACGACCAGAUCAUCUCCCAAAUCCAGCGUAUGCUAACCAGCAUGGCUCUCAUGGCACAAACAACCCAAAACCUCGACGCACUAUCCACCAGCGACUCUAGCUCUCAGGAUCAACCAGAAUCAAACGACGACAAAUGGGUUUCGCGCCUUGCGGCAAUUGCUCUCCAAUCCCCCGGUUUUAAAUCCCACAAGAUCACCUCCUUGCUCUGCCAUCUGUCUGCUUCGGUGUUAAACUCCCAGCCCUUGCCACCGUAUCUGUCCACGGGGGACACCUUCCCGCUUGCCAGGGAAUUACAGCGCAUUGAUGAGGAGAUGUUGAGUAUUCGCCAUGUACAAGACCCGGCCUUUUCGGCGUUCGUUUGCCUGGAGGUCUUGAGGUCGGUGGUUAGUUUUACGUUGGAUAAUCUUCUUCGGAAUGUGAAAAGCUUAGUUGGUGAACUCAGCUUCGAUUUCCACAUUCAACAUGCUGCCGAAUCUCAGCGCUUGAUGUCCGAAGCAAAUACCCAGGAUGAUUAGAUUGGCCUUUGGCUUCUAUAAACAAGCAUAGAUUUAUUACAUCACAUUUCAUAUACCAACACACCACGUACCAUUUAUUCUCUCAAAUUCGAUCUCUAAGGAAGAAAGAACGACAUCAUCAAACCAAAGAGGAGCUCAAUAUACGACUACGGUCGAAUGCAGCGAUAGUGCUAAAAGAUAAAUUAGCGAGAAAAAUAUGUAAGAUGUGAAG